AUGCGAAAGAUUCGAGAUGACGGACAUUCUGACAAUGAAAUUCGCAAGAGGCCUGGAAACUCGCUCAUUGAAAUCCUGAGUCGUGAUUCCACAAUAUCGGGCACAGACGAUGAUGCACAGGCUCGGCUCUCGGUCAUAGAAGAAGCCCUCCGACGGCUCGAGAGCAUUCAUAAUGCCCUUGUGUCCGCAGUAAGUUCCGGAGAUGAGGUUCAGCAGCAACCAGAAGAUGCUCGUGAAGACGCCAAGAGACGUCGGGUUAUCUAUACGUUGCUGGACUUGAUUUCUAUUGAGGGCGUAUACCCAUGCCUGUCUACAGGUGUUGGGAUACCGUUGGAAAGGAGAGUAAUUUCCAACCUUCCACAAGGUGUUGUUGCUAGACAGGCACCUGAUAUGACCAGCGACAAGCCACGGAAUGAGGUGCUUCUUUAUCGUAUCUUACUAGCCUUAACUAGUAUCUUGCUAGACGAGUCUCAUGGAGGGACUCGGUCAUUGCUUCGAGGGCGAGUCUUGAGUGAUGUCAUCAGCGCCGCUGCUGAUCUUGCAUUCAACUCGCGCCAGAUAUCUGAAGAAGAGAGGCUUAACGCACGAAAUUUAUUUGAUAGAGUCAUUGCUGAGUACAUCACCUCGCCACAUAUGUUUGGAAUUGUGCACGUUGUUAAUAAAAGCUAUAGGACGCCAACUUCCCCCUUAUUACCAGCGCUCUCUUCUUUUCUACAGCCAAAUGCAGCACCAUGGUUCAAGGCUCUGAUCUCCAGUCGUAUGUCGAAAAUCGCGUUACGGGAAGACGGAGUCAUACAUAUUGUAUGGUUUCUCACCUCUCAAUUCGCCCCUGCUCUCGGAGAGGGUGUAGGUAUCUCGGAGCCAUCACCCGACGGACCCCCUAUCACUGUCCAGGCCAUAAUGCAAAUUUCGAAGCUGUUAUCAUCUGUCCCGCAAGAUACAAAUCCUACCCAUUACUUUGAAACCAUCGCCCCACAGCUUCUGGCCCUGAUUGAUAGCGAGGAUCCCGACCUGAGACGGACUGCAGCAUAUGUGGUGGGUAACGGGAUCUUGGGAAAGAAGACAUAUGGUGCACCGGGCGCUAUAGGCCAUUCUAUCUUCAUUGAUCCUCUCUUCAAGGCAAUCACCGCAACAAUAGACACAAAUGCCAUCAGAUGGCUGAGAUUUUUCGGUCCUCAAGGUGAGGCUGUAGUCCAGCCACACACAGCUCCCACGGAAAUCCUAGUGGGGGAGUUGACGCUAUCCUUGGCGUUGGAUAGAUUAAGUAUCAUGGCUUUACAGCAUCCUAAUCCUGGCCUAGUCAAACGACUAGUUCAGCCGAUUUUACUGCCCUUAUGGGGACUGACAUGUUUCACCCAGUCCAAGAAGAAUAAGAAAGUCCUAUACGACAAAAGUUGGGCACUGUUACAGACCUUUUUCACUCUGUCGCCAGGAUUUCCUUCCUAUAUAAAGUUGACCGAUAACCUCCUCUGGGAUGGAGGCAUCAACUGGACGUAUAAAGACGGUAUUGGCGGCGGCGUAACUUUGAUCAAACGCGAAGGAUCCGAAUUUGAUAUUAUCGGAUUGCUGAAUGAACUCGACCUGCAUGCAGAUAAUUUCUCAAAACUACUUGGCUGCGACCCGCGAAGUGAGGAUCGCACAAGCGAUGUCUUCCUCCAUGUCAGCGAGCGAUGGCUCAUCGACUCGUCGAAACAAGCAGUAGACGCCCCCAAUCUUCUGGACAAUCUACAAUUAGACCCUAGGACGGAGUCAAACGCCAUAGUGGCAAAGUUGGUCAGCGCUAAAAUAGCAGAAAAGCUCCUCAACGAUUUCAAGGAUACUUUAUCCAGAAGACCAUUGAAGAUUCUUGAGCUCGCACAACAAAUCAUAGAAAGCGAGUUGAGAGCAAUGCAUGACAGGGAUCGAAGACGAAGAAUACGUGAAAGUGGAAAAGCAUCUCUCGAGUCUCUAGCCAAUAUAGCAACAAGGCCUGCUGAUGUACAAGCGGUUGAAAAUGAAGAUGAAGACCAGAAUACUUCGGAGACUUUGUCCGCUACCUUCAGCCUUUUGUCUAGCAUUCUGUCGUCUCCUGAAUUCUUAAUGUCACGAUCGAUCCUUCCCCUGCUAUCAGAAAUCAAGUCGCAAUUAGAUGAAUUGCGCCCGAGUCUUACACCUGCUCUAUCAAAAGCAGGCUUCACCGCUUCCAUGCUCCUCGAAAUUCAAAUACAGUCCCCUGACGGUACACAACAAACGAGCGAGUCUACUCCACAACAAAAUCCAGACCUUGACACGCACCGUCAAGCCUUGAAAGAUAUCACAUCUCCCCUCCCACCAGUACAAGCAGAAGGUCUUUCCCUGCUAUCUAAACUCAUCUCCAAAUCCUCCCCCAUCCUCGACAUACCUUCGACAAUGACUCUCCUACUAUCAAUCAUAGCUGGUCAAAGUUCCGAGGCUGCUGCAAGUGAAGAGUUCAUUUAUCUAAAUGCAAUCAAACUCAUCGGCCAACUAGCAGCCAAUCAUCCACGCACCGUCAUUAAGACUCUCGUGGACCAAUACGCCGAUAGAAACGAGGAAAGGACCCUAGACCAACGCCUUAAAAUCGGAGAAUCCCUUCUCCGCACAGUUGAGGAUCUAGGCGAGGCUCUGAGUGGCGAAGCCGCACUCACAAUAGGCGAAGGUAUGAUCUCCGUCGCCGGCCGACGCGGGUCCAAACCCCAAGCCCAAAGGGCUCGAAAGCAACAACUCGAAAAAGAGAAACGCGAAAAGGAGCGCAAAGAGCGAGAAAACAACCUCAAUCUGCCGGCUGGUUGGAAAGUGUCCUCGCCAGCAUUACAUGAGACGCCCGAUAUCGAGACCCUGCUUCCAGACAACGAAGACUCCGAUACUGAAACACCCGAGCAAGUAGCGCACUCAGCAAACAUAAUAUCCGCCUGGGCCGCCGGUGCAGCCUCCGACAUCGAACCAGACGAUAUCCGCGUGCGCGCAUCCGCAGUCUCCAUCCUCGCAAGCGCAAUACAAACGAAUCUAGCCGGUCUCGGCCCAAGUCUCGCAUCUUCAGCCGUCGACCUCGCGUUGUCAACAAUGAAACUCGAAAUGGGUCCCGAGAGCGCCAUAUUACGACGUGCCAGUGCCGUCUUGCUACUUGAUCUAAUCAAAGCGAUGGAUACAGAUCUACAAAGUGGAUCGAAAAAACUCGGAUUCGGAUUUUCAUUUGACGCAGCGGAGUCUUUUGUGAACGGGCCGGCAGCUUCCUCGCGCGGUCCAGCUACGAUUGGGAAUAUACAGGCUAUUUUGAAUACGUUGACGUAUGUAGAAAGUCAAGAGACUGAUGCCAUUGUUCGGGGUCAUAUACGGGUGUUAGUGGGGAAUCUGGAGACGUGGAUGGAGAAGAGUUUGCUAAGGGGUAUCAAUGCGCAGUCUGCUAUGAGAGGGGAUGGUGAACAGAGUCUUAACCUGGGUGAUAGGAUUGCUGGACUGGCUAUCAAUCCGUUAGCUACACGAAAUUCUACGCAACGGCCUAGGAUUGAGGAAAUUGAGUAG